AUGGCGCACCGAGGACGGGUACCUCUCCUUCUCCUCUCCGUUCUCUGCGUCCAGUUCUCCCGGGGUCUCUGUUUUAACCUGGACACGGACGAUCCUGUGGUCAAGAAAGGGCCGGAGGGCAGUCACUUCGGCUAUUCCGUGGCGCAACACCAAAUCAUGCACCAUGGCAUAGCGGUGGUCAGAGAAAAUGUUUUAAUUGUCGGAGCCCCUAAAUCAGAGAACCCGUACCAACAGUGGGUGGCCCUGCCCGGUGCCGUGUACAAGUGUCGGAUGACAACCAAUGAGAGGGACUGUAGGAUCGUACAGGUGGACACGGCAGACAUCGCUGAAGACCGAAACAGAACGGGACAGUUCCUCGGUGCUACCGUCAGAAGUAUGGGUCCAGGAGGAAAAGUCAUGGCAUGCGCACCAAAAUAUCGUGACGUGUACACAAGAGGCGAAGUGAGAGUCUGGGAACGAGGGCGAUGUUAUCAGCUGAACCAGGAGCUCGUUCCCGACAUCCACCACUCGAGUCAGGGGAUCUGGAACCUUUGUGACGACCUGCCGGCCGGACAUUCCCAGUACGGGUACUGUCACCUCGGGACUGCUCUGGAAUUCUCACACGACGGACAAGACGUCAUGAUAGCAGCACCCGGUGCCUUCCAUUGGUCAGAUGUUAAGCCUAGCCGCAGACCAAAUCUCCUGACCGCCCCGCGACAAGGGACCAUAGACCAUAGACACUCAGGAAGAAGGCUGCAGCCAGGGAGCCGCGCAGUUUGGAAGACGACUUCGACGAGGACUUUGAAGAGGAAGACUACUUUGAGGAAGAGUCCGGUGAAGCAAGUCCAGAUCCGUAUUAAAAAAAAAAAAAAGCAGCUAGACGGAGUAGUCACUUUGGACUGCAUGUCCGGCACAGCGCGUUGUUUCGAGUUCAACUGCACGCUGGACACACUGCUGGUCAACCGGUCAGUGGUCAUCACCGUGGAAGCGAGGUUGUGGAACACCACCUUUACUCAGGAAUAUCCAUUAGUAAGUCAUGUGGACAUCUUGUCCCACGCUGAAGUGGAGCUUGUGAAGAACUUUGAGAACAUGGAACAGUCCAGAAGCUUUAACGACAAGGCAACAGUAGUAACGAAAGCCUUGCCAGAAACAAGGCCGGUGAGCCUGGCAGAACAAGUUGAAGUCUGGACAAUACUGUUGGGACUACUACUGGGGCUGUUACUACUCUUACUCAUAGCUUUAUGUUUGUGGAAGUGUGGGUUCUUCAGACGCGUGUCGGUCCGAGAACAAUACGAGGCAAAAUACUACACAGCGACAAAAAUUCCCAGAGCAAAAGUUAUCGAGACGAACUUUUCGCCCAGCUACUACGAGAGUAGUAUAUACGAUGCAAGCAAAUAUGAAACGAGUUUCCAGUGA